UGCAGCAUUUGUUCUCUGCCCGGGCUGUGAGACUACGAGUGGGGAUAACUGUGGUGGUCUCUCUGACUUUUACCGAGCCGCCUCUGUUGUUGGUGCCUCUCCCUGUUGGUGCCCACCCCCCCUCCCCCCGGAGGUAUGACAGCCGGAUCCAUUGCUGUGCCACACAUCAUCCCGCUGAGGGUCCCUCUGCAAGGCAAAGCCAAGCAUGAAAUCGAUACCAACACACCCAUCGGAAUCAAAUCAGACACUCCUGAUGUGGAUGUGUACUACACCGUAAAUGGCAGCAGACCUCAACCCCUGAAGAAACCAAGCUAUGGGGACAGCUCCACCUUCAAGUACAGAAAACCAUUCACCUUGUCUGCAGGCAAAAGGACUGUUAAAGCUUUGGCUGUAUCCAGAGAUGGCCGGGAGAGUGCUGUGGUGACUAAGGUGUUUCUUGUGGAGUAUGUGCAGCCCAGUGCAGUGGAAGUAUUAGAGGAUGAUGAAGAGAAUUUCCUCCAAGAUUAUAAAAAGGAACUUUCUAGACAGGAAACUCUGGAGAGGUUGUCAGCUCCCUCAGUGGAAUUUCAUACAACUCUAAACAAGGAAAGCACCCUCGCCUGGGAGGAGGCAACUCAAAAAAAUCAAGAACUGAAGAUAGAUGGCAGCAAUCAUCACAAAUCAUUUAAGAACCCACGAUUCUUGAACAGUCGUCUAGGAACCCAGGCCUCUGAACGUGAACCUCUGUCACACAGAUCUCAGCUGACCGUUUCCCUGGACUCGCAUCCUCCCAAGACACCAAACAGUACACAAGCCAAGAGGAUCCUGAGGGAAACUGAUUUUCUGAAGUGUGUAUGUUGCUUUGCUCCUCGUCCAUCAGAUCCCUUUGCACGUUACUGUCAAGAGUGUGGCUCCCCUGUUCCUCCGGUACCAGGGCGCAGACUUCUUCCUCCCGAAGGAGCUCAGAUGGGGCUCUGUGUUGAAUGCAAGACAAUGAUCCCAUUGAAUACUCCAACGUGCAUUGUGUGUGAGGCUCCUAUAACACCUCAGCUGGUGCCUCAGGCAAGCAUCCGCCUCCAGGACAAGAUUAUCUGUCGAUCUUGUGGAACAGGAAAUCCAGCCAACAUCCAGCACUGCGUAACCUGUGAGACCAAGCUGUCAGAAUCUCCUAAGCCGCUUCUUAGUGGAGAUCACUCUGUACCAUUACCAAGUCAAGAAGGCAAGUUACUGUCUUGUUCCAAAUGUGGUCGGGUUAACAACACCGAUGCUCGAUUCUGUGACUGGUGCGGAGCCAAGCCUAGUCCCCCUAUGAGUUACCUCAGCUGUUCCAAGUGUGGAGCAACUAACCAUCCAUAUGCUCGUUUCUGUGCAUCCUGUGGCAUUUACCUGGAGCCACCCCCACGCAUGGAUUCGCACAGCAUGCUGUUUGAUUCUGGCCAUUCCAUGGCUCCAGCUGAGGUAGAUCUGCGUGCUUCUGCAACCUGGCAACCUUUGACCAUCCCGUUGCCACGGUUUAAACUUGGAUCUAAUAAGGAGGAUCAGGGGACCCAAACUGUGGGCCUUUUUUACCCAUUGCAAAUGAUGGAGAAGAAGGAAAUAGAGAUACAUCAACAAGAAAAGCAGCAGAAGAUGACCAAUCGACGUCCGCUUCUAACUGCUGUCAGUCCUGGAAGAGGAUAUUGGAGAAUGCAGUUAGAUCACAUCUGUGCACACUUGCGCAGUUAUGCACACAACAACACUGAAUUUCGAGCCCUUAUUGGAGAACCUCAAAUGGGAAAAAUCAUAUCAGCUACAGUCCAUGAAGAUGGCUAUGAGCUCAGCCUCCGACUGAACUUUGUUCUUGCUGGAAAUAAGGACCUACUGACAGGAAACUCAGCAAAGAUUUCAGAGAGCAACUACCUUAGCAGCGUGACUGAGGGGAGAGACCUGCUGUACGGCAGUCUGACCAGUCUGGGUAGUGAGCGUCAGUCAGGCAGAGCAGACACCAGCAAGAAGCCAAAAAAAUCAAAGAGGAAAAAAGAAGUGUUGGUGAAAGAAGACAGACUGCCACCAGAAGACCAGCAGCUGCUGAAGGAGGUGGGACCAAAUGGCCUGGGGAGGAUCUCAGAAGUACAGCAGUUACUCGAUGAAGGAGCAGAUCCAAACUGCAACAAUAGUGAUGAUAGGCCAGCCUUAACCGUGGCUGUUUUGAACCAACAUCAUGAGGUGGUGCCGCUUCUGGUGCAGAAGGGUGCACAUAUUAACCAGCAGUCUGGCCGCCUGAACAACACUGCCCUCCACGAGGCUGCAGAAAUGGGAGCUCAGGGAGUGAAAUGUGCAGCUGUUCUACUUGGCUGCAAUGCAAAUAUAAAGAAGAAAAAUGAUAAAGGUUUAACAGCAUAUGACUUGGCUGUUAAGACUGGCAGUGACCAACUAACAUCAUUGUUUGCUGCAAAAAUGGGACAGGGCAUGUUAGACAAAUUUACCAAGACCAAGCAUGUCAGCCUGGAUGUCUUCUAAUGAUCUCCUAAAAAUGCAAAUACAUUCAGCACCCAAGGCUUGUGAAGCAUAAUCUGCAAUAUUCAAGCUCACGUAAGCAAGCUCUCACUUGAGAAAGCUGUGUAUUUCGGAAAGCUUUUACUGAAUAUCUUGGAAGACUCGAGGUAUUCUCUUCCAUUAUGAAACUAGCUCUUGGUAUGGAUCUGGUUUAUCUCAAAACUUCUGGUUUUUAUGGGUAAUAAUAUGGGUUUUUGGAAAGUAGCUUGAGAGAGCUUAAAUGUAAAUCCAAGGAUGUACUGCUUUUCCAUAGGACUCUCUCCAGCAAUUUAUAAUUUACCUUACAAAAAAGCAAAGUAUGAUGAUGUGGAGCUGACCCAAAUCAAUGUGGUUUAAUUAAAAAUCAAAAUAUUUACUGGAUUUGUUUCUUUGUUUACAAGCGCUUUCCAAAAUAAAAUUAAAAUACAAUAGUAAUUUGGAGUGAUGAUUGACCCACCUCCCUACAAAAUGCCUGAGAGACUUGGCAGCUGCCACAAUGUCCUAAAUUGCCCCAAAAAUCACUCAAUCACAGGAGUUUGGUCAGAUUGACAGAAGAACUGGCAGCAGAGAUGGGAGUCCUCAAAGGGUUCCUCACUAUUGAAACAUUACUGGGCACUUUUGUGCUUCAUAAAGAUUGAAGCCAGGAUAGAUCAUUUGGCCCUUAAUGUCUUCUCUGCCAUUCAAUAAUGGAUUCAUGGCCAAUCUUUACCCCCAUGCCCUUCAGUUUCCUUAAUAUCCAAAAUCAAAUGACCAUCCAGCACACUUGAGAUGUUGGUGGUGCUGCACUGGCAAAUUUUCUGGAAUAUUAGUGAUAUUCAUAUUACUACCCCAACACAUUUUUAAGUUGCUUUUCUGAGAUGUUACACACUAUUAUAAAUUUCUGUGAACCCAGUAAGUUUAGAGGGAGGAUGGGAAACAAGACACCAGUGAGGUGGAAGGGAGCACAGCAAACUUCACCUGGUGAGCCAGAUGCCAAACCAUUGGGAUUUCUGAAUCAUCGGAUAGUGGAUUAUCGGAGUUUUACUAUAUUCUGUGACUGAGCCGCCACAGCCUUACUGGGUAGAGAAUUCCAAAGAUUUACUACCCUCUGAGUGAAGAUGUUUCCCUUUAUCUCAGUCCUGAACAGCUGAUCCUUUAUUUUGAGACUGUGACCCAUGGUUCUAGACAACAUCCUAGCAUCUACCCUGUCAAGCCCCACUGAGAUCACCACUUUUGCCUCUGAACUCAAGAAAGUACAGGCCCAGUCCUCAUAAUCUCUGUUGUUGGAGAACGAAAUGAAGUGGGUUUGUCCUGUGUGUGUGAAAAAUUUCCAUUUACAGCAGGACAUAGUUCCUGCCACAAAUUUGCCCCAGCAAAAUUACUGCAAUUCCACUGUUUAAUACUGUAUGUUAAGAGUUUGGCCAAUUUAGGAGAACCUGUGGUAGAAUGCUUUGUUGGUCAUGGAUUCAGGCCCUACUCCAGAGACUUGAGCAUAAGAUCAAGGCUUACUCUUCACUGUAGAGUCCAUUCCAAGGUGCAACCUAAUCUGAAGAACAGCAAGUAAUUCUUUCCUAUGUUCUGGCCAACACGUCCUUCAAACAGCAUCACUAAAGCAGAUCAGCUGGAUCUCAUAUAGCUGUUUGUGGGAUCUUGUUAUGCACAGAUUGGUACCAGCAUUAAAACAAUGACUGCAGUUGAACACUAUUUCGUUGCCUUUAAAGCACAUGGGGAC